AAUGUUUAUUAAUCAUUACAAAUCCUUUUAUUCUCUUACCAAAUAUUCUGCAACCUUUUCUUAUCCUUUUUAUCAUUUUUCGUUAAUUUUCUAUUGGAGAUUUAUUUUAUUUUUAAUUAUUUCUAUUCAAAAUCAAGAGACUUUGGCUAUUUUUGCUGACUAUACAACUGUUCCCAAGGGCACAAAUCCUACACUUUACGAUGCCAACGAUUUUGUGGUACAAUUGGAUGACCAAUCAUUUAAUGAUACUGUAUUUUGUUUUGACCCAAACAAAAUUGUUUCGAAUUCUUUAUUUUUGGAGGAAAAUACAAAUAAUAAUUCAUUAAAUGGUUCAAUUAAAUCUAAUAAUAAUUUUGUUUCUGGAGAGGUACAAGCUGAAAUUAAUGGUCGUUGUACGAGCAUCAUAGUUGAAUUUUAUUCUGAUUGGUGUGGGCAUUGUAGAGCGUAA